AUAAGCUGAUAGCUGAAGCAUUAACAAUGGCAGAAGCAACAAAGAGGUAUGCAGUUGUCACAGGGGCUAAUAAAGGGAUUGGAUUUGGCACAGUUAAGCAGUUGGCUUCAAAUGGGGUCACUGUGGUGUUAACUGCUAGAGAUGAGAAGAGGGGUCUUGAAGCUGUUGAGAAAUUGAAAGAGUUUGGCCUCUCUGACCUUGUGGUUUUUCAUCAGCUUGAUGUUACAGAGCCUUCUAGCAUUACUUCCUUGGCAGAUUUUGUCAAAACCCAAUUUGGGAAACUUGAUAUCUUGGUAAACAAUGCAGGAAUGAUUGGAAACCAAAUAAAGCCUGAAGAUUUUAGAUCAGUUGUAAGUGGUAAGAAGCCUGAAGAAAUCCGUUGGAAUGCAAUACCGACGACACCGAACUACAAGUUAGCAGAAGAAGGCCUGAAAACAAACUACUAUGGUACCAAAAGAGUGACUGAAGCACUUUUGCCCCUCCUCCAGCUCUCUGAUUCACCAAGAAUCGUUAAUGUUUCUUCCGGUGUUUCUAAGCUUGUGAUUUUUCCAAAUGGAUGGGCUAAAGAGGUGCUAAGUGAUGCCGAAAGCCUUACAGAAGAGAGAAUAGAUGCAGUGUUGGCUGAGCUUUUAGAAGACUUUAAACAAGGUUUGGUAGAAAACAAAAGUUGGCCAACUAUAUUUCCACCCUAUACAGUCUCAAAAGCAGCUGUGAAUGCGUACACUAGAAUUCUGGCCAAGAAGUACCCCAACUUCUACAUCAAUUGUGUGUGCCCUGGAUUUGUCAAGACAGAUAUAACCUUCAAUACUGGCACCUUAACCAUCGAAGAAGGUGCUGAAAGCCUUGUCAGGUUGGCGCUACUCCCCAAUGGCGGUCCUACUGGCCACUUCUUUUUAUGCAAAGAAGCAACCCCAAGUAAAGCAAAGUUCAUAACAAUGGCAGAAGCAACAAAGAGGUAUGCAGUUGUCACAGGGGCCAAUAAAGGGGUUGGAUUUGGCACAGUUAAGCAGUUGGCUUCAAAUGGGGUCACUGUGGUGUUAGCUGCUAGAGAUGAGAAGAGGGGUCUUGAAGCCGUUGAAAAGUUAAAAGAGUUUGGCCUCUCCGACCUCGUGGUGUUUCAUCAGCUUGAUGUAGCAGACUCCAUUAGCGUUGCUUCCUUUGCAGAUUUUGUCAAAACCCAAUAUGGGAAACUUGAUAUCUUGGUAAACAAUGCAGCAAUUAAUGGAAGCACAGUAACGCCUGAAGCUUUUAAAUCAGCUGCAAGUGGUAGUAAGAAGGCUGAAGAAAUCGAUUGGAGUGCAAUAUCGACAACACCAAACUACGAGUUAGCAGAGGAAUGCUUGAAAACAAACUACUAUGGUACAAAAAGUGUGACUGCAGCACUUUUGCCCCUCCUUCAGCUAUCCAAUUCACCAAGAAUCGUUAAUGUUUCUUCCGGAGUUUCUAAGCUAACGAAUUUUCCAAAUGCAUGGGCUAAGGAGGUACUAAGUGAUGCUGAGAGCCUUACAGAAGAGAGAAUUGAUGCUGUGGUUAGUGGGUUUUUGGAAGACUUUAAACAAGGUUCUCUAGAUUCCAAAAGCUGGCCUCCUAUCUUUCCACCCUAUUCAGUCUCAAAAGCAGCCGUGAAUGCAUACACUAGGAUUCUGGCCAACAGGUAUCCAAGUUUCUGCAUCAAUGCUGUCAGCCCUGGAUUUGUCAAAACAGAUUUGAGCUUCAAUACCGGCAUCUUAACUAUCGACGAAGGUGCUGAAAGCCUCGUCAGGUUGGCGCUGCUCCCCAGUGGUGGUCCUACGGGCCAUUACUUUAGCCGAAAAGAAGUGACACCUUUUUGAAUUUUCAUAGAUGAUCACAGGGGCCCUUCAUAUGUUUCAUGAAGAAUGAUCAUCAAUAGCUUAUGUACAUUGUAACAUAUGAAGCUGAAUGACUUGAAAUUUUUUGUUUCCUUUUUGGCAUACUCAUAAGGAAAUCAAGGUUCCACUAGUUGUUAACGCGGUUUAUGUCACUGCCCAAGUUUUGAAAGAAAAGCAUUCUGGUGGAAAUAGCUAAAA